AUGUUGCCUGUCAGCCAUAGUGGUGAGGGCAACCACUCUGAGCUCAAUGAGCCCACACGUUUUGACCAACAACAGGAAAAGCUAGUCAACAAUAUUGCUGAGGGCAAUUCUUUCAACCUGAGCCAUGAGCUUGGUGACUCUACCAGUGAUGACAGGCAGGAAGAGUCAGUCGGCCCUAAAGGUGAAGACAACGCCAAGAUAAACCUCGGAGCUGAGCAGAUUGAGAUGGAGCAAAAAGAGAGAGAUACUAAUGCAGGGGAGCAGAGAGGAGGGGAGAGAUUGGAGAAGGAAGGAGAGGAAAUAGUGGAGCAGGAAGAAGAGACAGAUGAAGAAAAGAAGAAAGCAGACAGUAAGGAGAGAGUGGAGAGAGUCAAGGUGAAUGAGACUGAGGAAAGAAAAGAGAAAAACAAGAGACAGAAGGAGGGAGAGGUUAUCAGCAGACCUUCAGACACAAGCACCAGUAUGUCUGUCGCUCAGCCCCAAAAGCCUUUUCCGCAGGAUGAUGCGUUGAUGAUGCAAUCACCUGUCCAUGCCUCACCUGUCUCUGAACCAGCUACCUCAGACCUGGCAUCACCCCCUCUCCCUCAUCCGCCCUCUCCGCCUCACUCCACAGUGUCACAUGAUAUGAAGGUUCUGAACCAAGGUGUUAAACCAAUCCAACCUACCCAAACUGUUGAAAUCCAUAAACCUUUAAAAGCCCCAACUACUUGCCAUGAGAUAUCACAGGCGAGCCCAAUGCACCCAGUAUCACUAAGUCUCUCAGUUGCCUUCCUUAGUGAACCCCACAAGCCCCUGUGUGUAACCCCAGCGAAACCAGCACCCAGUCAGAGCCUAGAGAUCCCUAUCUCUCUGGAGGCUAGACAACUUCUCAGACCAGUGGACGAAGAGACCAAAGAGUCAUCCAAUCACAACAACGCAAAAGAGAUGUCAUCUGCAUCAUCUUCGUCACACCUGUACACCAACGCGGAGGUCCCCACCACUGUGUCUCAAUCAAACACCGACAUUAACAUCACUGUGUCUGUACCAGACCUGGGUCCAGUGCCAAAGAACCACAACAACAACCCAGAAGAGCCACCAUCAUCAUCAUCAUCAUCAUCACUCCCAAACACAAAUAUAGACCUCUUCACCACUGGAUCUGAACCAGACAAAGACACCGUAUCUGUCUCUGUAUCUGACCUAGGUUCUGUACCAAAGACUCACAACAAGAACAACCAAGACGAGCCACCACCUUCACUCCCAUACACAAACACUGGAUCUGAACCAAACACAGACAUUGCAUCGGUCUCUGUAUCUGAUCUGGGUUCAGUGCCAAAGACAUCCUCCUUCCCUAACCAGGAGAGUUCUACCUCCAAGUUCUCUUUCUCAUUCUCCUGCAGCUCAGAGAGCACCCAAUCCUCCUACUCCUUCGACACAGAGUCAGAGCAAGGCUAUGGGGCCCCUAGCCCCCCUGGAUACCCUAGCCUGGGCCCGAGGCCCCUGGAGGGGGGUACAUCUCUGCCCCGACCCCUACGGGUCAACCAGAGGAGGGAGAGGAAAAAGAGGAGUAGUUGUGGAGGAUGUGAGCCGUGCUUGAGGAAGAUCAACUGUGGCCAGUGUAGCUGCUGUCUGAACCGCAGGACUGGACACCAGAUCUGUAAGCUGAGGAAGUGUAUGGAGCUGAGGAAGAGGAGGCCCAUACCACUGCUCGCACUAACAUCUGCUCAGGUGGUGUGCAAGGACGUGGCCAAAGGAGCGUUAAAUAAACCAGUUUCCACGGUGGUUCCAGAGGGCACCUCAAUAAAUGGCAGAGGCCCAGUCCAGAUGGCAGAGGAGGAUGGCGAGGAGGGUCACAUACCUCACACACACCUUCCCCACGCCCACACUCUCACCCCAAUCCUAGAUGGCCGACCAGCAGCACUUAUAAAGAGAGAGCCUGGCCUGGAGGACACCCACGAUGCACUUCUUCUACAACACCACUACUCUUCAUCUGGGACUUUUCACAAUGGUGCUGACGAAAACCUGUCUAAAACCAACGGUGCUCCAGUUUCACCAGAGUCCCAAAAGGCUACAAUACAAUUAGAGUCCCAAAGGACUACAAAAACCACGUACCCCAAAGGCAGCUCUGAGCCCAAUUAUGCAUUUCCGGACGAAACCAUUGCCGUUCCUCUGAAGAAGAUCAAGUUGGAGGAGCCGUGGGUGUGGUCCACGGACCAGUCCUCCACCCUAAUAGGGGGCAAUGAUGACGAUGUCUAUGAGGACGCUCUGUCCACACUAGCAGCCGUUGUGUGCUUCUCUAUCACAGACAGGAAGGGGCUGGAGGAGAAGCUGUGUAGCUCUCGUUCCCCGGUGCUACGCUCGUUCAAAACAGAGCCGGAGGACUUUAAGGUGGACCUUUGCCUGAAAAACACUCCCAUCAGUCCACGGAAGGCUCUUGACAUUAUUGUCAAACGAGAGCAACCCUCUCCAGAUCUCUCUCUGCCAAGCAUCCAGUCAUUGGUGCAGGAGAGGAAUAUUAGCAACGACCAAGCUAUCGCUAUCGAGGCGCUAACCUUACUGGCAUCUAUCCCCCAAAACCCCCCAGAACCCUUUAGAAUGGACGCACUUGGUCAAAAUCCCACCUCACCUUCCAUGCACUUAUCCAAUAGAAACACCCCUCUCCAGGACGUCAAACCCCCUACAGGGUUCCUCCCCAACAAAGUUCUAGUCAUCAGCUCCCCUCUGCACCAGACCUCAGUCAUACGCUCCCCUCUGCACCAGACCUCAGUCAUACGGUCCCCGGUGGCCAGACAGAGUCUUGUCAUCCAGUGUCAUCCCCGUAGUCCCGCCGCCACUGGCAAGCUGUCCCUACAGGACCUGCUAGAAGCCAGCUCGGACUGUGACAGACUUCCCUACGACAGCACUGAGAGAGCAGGACAACACCUGUACAGGAGAGCAGACCAAGACGUUGGUUCUCACCAUAACAGGUCCGAAGGCACUUUCAGAGAGCGGAAAGACAUGGAGUGGAAUAGUAAGGAAACAACAGAGAGGACGGUGGGUAAGAGCGGGAGGAACAGGGAUGAGGAAGAGGUGGCAGCUCAACUGGCCGAGUUGGCAUUCAUCAUCCAAUCACGUCACAAGCUGCAGGGUUUCCACCCCUCCCAGCACUCUGAGAACAACCCUCCCAGAGGAACUCCAGUCUCGGCGAUCAAGUACAACUACAACUCCCAGCAUGCAGCACCCAACAACAAGAAAAUCCCUGUGAAGAAACCAAGGACCACGCCUUCCAAACCUAGGAAGAAGAAGGGGAUGGAGGGGGUUGAAGAGGAGGGCUACAACCCCAACAACAAUACCCCCCUGUCCAAACGGACACCCAACGGCAACAGAGCCAGGGUCCAGAAGGUUCUUCCCCAGCCGAAGACAUCGUCGCUCAGCCACAAGAGGAGCCUGUUCCUGCCUCAGACUCAGAUGGAUCUGAAGAGAUACCUGGCUGAGGCUCAGGAGGAACGACGACAGCUCUUUUACUACAGCAACACCCACAGUGGGGUCAAAUACCACAAAACCUCUGGAGCCGUCGAUCGUGGUCAAUGUCAAGGUUAUGGUCAUGACAACCAACAGUGGUCGCAUUUGAAUGGUCACCACAAUGGUCCUCUGAACGGUCACCUUGACCCUUUACAAGGACAAGGAGUUGGACAGGGACAUGAGUAUGAAAGACGAUUGUAUUCUCAGGUAUCGCAGCCCUACGUUGGGCAGCAGCACGGUGCUAACCUAAAGGCUAGCUCCACCAACACCAGUUUCACCAGUUUAGACUCUAACAACCACAGAACUGUGUUGAACCAUAGUUUACCCAACGGCUACUCCUCUGGGGGUCAACAGCAGGGGUAUUACAAGGUGGAGAGGUCUGGUCCGGUCACCAUCUUGUCCACAUCAGCUGACGGCGAUUUGGACCUAUCGGAGGAGUUGACGCCCACCAAACACAACGUAAACAGCUUCCUGGAAUCGCCCCUCAGAUUCCUGGACACGCCCACUAAGAACCUACUCAACACCCCCUCUAAGAAACUCUCUGAGAUCCCCUCCUGUGGGUGCAUGGAGCAAAUCAUAGAGAAGGAGGAGGGUCCGUACUACACUCAUCUUGGUGCUGGACCCAGUGUGUCAGCUGUCAGAGAGAUGAUGGAGAACAGGUAUGGAGAGAAAGGGAAGGCAGUAAGGAUGGAGGUGGUGGUGUACACUGGGAAAGAAGGACGCAGUUCCCAGGGUUGUCCCAUCGCCAAGUGGGUGAUCCGUCGGGGCAGUGAGGAGGAGAAGCUGCUGUGUCUGGUGAGACACCGAGCAGGGCACCACUGUGAGAGUGCCGUGGUGGUGAUCCUCAUCCUGGCAUGGGAGGGCAUCCCCCGGGGGGUGGCAGACAGUCUGUACCAGGAGCUCACCCAGACCCUCUGUAAAUACGGCUCCCCGACCAGCCGACGCUGCGCCCUCAACGAGGAUCGGACGUGUGCGUGCCAGGGUUUGGACCCGGACACUUGUGGCGCCUCGUUCUCCUUCGGCUGCUCCUGGAGUAUGUACUUCAACGGCUGCAAGUUCGCCCGCAGCAAGAUCCCCCGCAAGUACCGCCUGCUGGGAGACAUGCCCCAGGAGGAGGAGAAGCUGGAGAAUCGUCUGCAGAACCUGGCUACAGACCUGGGUCCUGUCUACCAGAGACUGGCCCCAGAGGCUUUCCAAAACCAGGUGGAUCAGGAGCAGGCGGGCCGGGACUGCAGGCUGGGUCGGAGGGCGGGCCGACCUUUCUCCGGGGUCACGGCAUGUGUGGAUUUCUGCGCCCACGCUCACAAAGACACACAGAACAUGAACAAUGGCAGCACUGUGGUUUGCACUUUAACCAAGGAGGACAACCGUGCGGUGCGUAACGUCCCUGAGGACGAACAGCUCCACGUCUUGCCUCUCUAUAAGAUCUCACAGAGGGAUGAGUUUGCCAGUGCCGAUGGCCAGUGGGCCAAGAUCCAGACUGGGGCCCUGCAGGUGCUUUCAGCCUUCCCCAGAGAGGUGCGUCUGCUGGCUGAGCCGGUGAAAUCAGCCCGUAAGAGGAAGCAGGAGGCCAAGCUGAAGGCCCAGGCUGACAAACAAGCUGCAGCUCAGGACAGAAAGCCUAGACAGAGUCCACUAACCCCGGGCAAGGUCAAGACAGAGACUGCCAACAAAGGUUUCAAAAGCACUUCUUCAGUGGAUCAGUCCCCCUUGUUCAAAAGAGAGCCUCAGUCCUUCUACAGCUCUUACAGACCAGAAAGUGUGGGUGCCUAUGUACCAGACUCUAACUCCCCUAGCACUUACAACCACAGCACCCCCACCUACCCCACUCCUCCUGGAAGAUCCACACCAGGGAUGGAGGCUCUUUCCCCCCAUCGCCCCGACCUGCCUGCCCCCCAGUACAGAGGGCCACCAGGGGCCCAGAGCAAUGGUUCCCCAUUCCAUUACAAGGAAAUGGAAGAGGCUGUGAAUGGUUACUCCCCAGGACUCAGCAGAAAGCAGCUGGUGGACCCUGAGGGAUGUAGGACCCCCCCAGGGGUCCCCCAGGGUGGUGACUACCCCCCCAGGAUUUUUAAAACGGAGCCCAACAAGGUGCACUGCUCCCCUCUCCUCAGACCCCCUCACAGCCACAGCACUCCUCCCUCCUCCUCCACCCACUCCCACCCAGAGGGCCUCCACAGCAGACUCAAUGGGCUCCUCAGGGCGGAGGGGGAGGUGGGAGUCAGGGACGGGGUAAGAGGUCAUGUUAUUCCUCACGGUGCCCCCCAUCCCCCUCAUCAGGCCGCUCCCCCUCUCUUCCCCAACCCGAAAGAGGUCAAACAGGAACAGGAAGAGGUGUGGUCGGACAGCGAGCACAACUUCCUGGACAGUGACAUCGGCGGGGUGGCGGUGGCUCCCUCCCACGGUUCCAUCCUGAUCGAGUGCGCCCGCCGAGAGCUCCAUGCCACCACCCCCAUCCUCCGGCCCGACCGCAGCCACCCCACCCGCAUCUCCCUGGUCUUUUACCAGCACAAGUCCCUCAACGAGCCCGACCACGGCCUGCACAUGUGGGAGGCCAAGAUGGCCCGGAGAGAGCGGGAGAGAGAGGAGGAGGCUGAGAGGCUGCGGAUGGGCCUGGACCUGGAAGAGGUCAGCCAAGACAAGAGGAAGAGGGGGAAGGGGGCCGGGGGAGAGAGUAUGGAGCCUGAGGAGGAGGUAGAGGAGGAGGGCCCGGAGGAGAAGAAGGGGGUGUUGAAGGUUCCUACCCGGAAGGCGGUGACUGUCCCGCGGGAUGGGGUGGUCACUGUGUCCCCUUACGCUCUGACACAGGUCACGGGCCCCUACAACCGCUGGACAUGAGAUGAUACUGUUAUGUACACACACACACAGACACAUACGACAAAUACAUUUGAAUACACACCACCAUACACACACACACCAACCUGUGCUAUUGCCUUACCUCAAUCAAGAUUACACUUCUAGUCUCGUUAUGUGUUAUUUCGUAGUGUUACUUUUUGUAAUGUUUGUCUGUUUAUUUUUGUUUCUCUUCAUCUCUGCUUUCAAAGUGAUGAGGAAGACUAUCGUUUGUGGGGUUUCAACUGUGAGUUUUGGUAUUUGAUGAUGAUAAAACAUUUUGGUCUGGUUUUUCAUGUAAAGAGAUGGUGCUCAGAACCAAUUUUGAAGAUGUUUUUAAACUGGUUUUAUAUAGGAAUUUAUUAAUAAGAACAAUCAAGAUGUGAUUAUUUAUUCUGAUAUUCUUUUCUUUUUUAUGGGUGCAAGGCUAUUUUACUGCAAUUUUACUGUCAACCAGCAUUUUACACUAGUAAACACUCAUGUUAAGUCUCUGUGGUCUUUGUUUCAGCCAAGGAUGCUCUUUUCACAAGAUGAGUUUUAUCAAUGAUUGAAUUAUAUAAUGGUGCCAUUUGUAGCAGCAACUUUCGAUAAACAAACCACAUAUUACACAUAUUACACAGUAUGUCGUUUUAUGUGAGAAUAAUGAACACAUGUAGCAUGGUGCUUUUCCUUCCCUUCCUCGUUCCUCUAUUGGUGGUCAUGAAGGAACUGUACUACCUUCAUUUUUGUUUUGGUCUGGAUAGUUUUAGUCUUUUUGUUCAGUGUACAGAUAUAUGAUGACAUUGAAAAAGCACUUUUUAAUUUUUCAUAACUUGAAAAAGGUCCCGUUCCAAUAUGAUAUAUAUCAGACAGCUUGUGUGAAACCUCUUCUCCUCUUUAUUCAGUAUUUCUGCAUUUAUUUGUUGUUGUUUUUUUGUUGUAGAAUGAUAAAUUACAUAUCAGUCUCACACAAAACCAGGCUUCCUAAGCAAUUAUGAAAUGCUGCAUGUAAAGAUUGUGUCAGAUUAUGGUGCUUAUUGUCAACGGCACUUAAUUUAUAUGAAUCUGGAUAACCAUGUUUGUUCACUGUCUGGACUUCCAGAGUGUUUUAAAUAGGACCUGUUUUUUAUACAGACAUAGUUAAAAAGACCACAUAAAACCUGUUCAGAAAUGGUGACUAUAUUACUGUAUAUUUGUUACUGGUGCUAACAAAAUCUGUACCCUUUUUUUAACUGACUAGGGCAUUGAUUGACAGUUAUGUUUUUCCAUAUGCAGGCAUAAAUACAUUAUACAAGUGGAUACCAAACCAAUCAAACCCUUUGUUGUUUCUCAUUGCCUCCUCUUCAACUCUGACAAAAUAACACACUCCUCAGAACGUUGCAUCUUUUCGUCAUAUAUUGUAGGCCUAUCACGUAUUGAAUAGACCUCUACAGAUUAUAAAUCUGCUUUUGAUAGGGGCAACCAUGUUGAGUAUUAAUUCAUGCUCACAUUAGUCAAUCAUAACCAUGUAAUAAUAGGCCCAUUCACUAAUACACAGUGCUUUACUUGAGUAGGAGCUCACUGGAGCUGAGUACCGGCACCUCAAAUGUUCUACUGCUUGAGCUCCUGUUCCUCAUAGAAUAUUAGCUCAAAAGUAUUGUGGAGCUCCUACAAAAUAAAUAUAAACAGUACCAGUACCCAAAAGGAGUAGCGGCACCUAUUGCAUUCCAACUCAAGCACUGCUAAUAAUGUAAUCGAUUAGGCAUCUGUUGUAUUGAUCUGUCUCAGCAUAGGCUGCAUCUAAAUCAGCUCAACGUAGAUAAAGAAGAUUUCACUGGUGCUUUCAUUUUACUAAUACACAGAGCUGGAGAUAUUUGUUUGGUUUUUGUCAUCUUUUUUCUGUUGUUUUUCUCUUUGUUUCUCAGGUGUGAAUGAGGUUGUUAAUUUACCCAGUCUUCAACCCAACUAGGGCAUUACCUCGUCUUCAACCCAACUAGGGCAUUACCUAGUCUUCAACCCAACUAGGGCAUUACCCAGUCUUCAACCCAACUAGGGCAUUACCCAGUCUUCAACCCAAAUAGGGCAUUACCUAGUCUUCAACCCAACUAGGGCAUUACCCAGGCUUCAAUCCAACUAGGGCAUUACCCAGGCUUCAACCCAACUAGGGCAUUACCCAGUCUUCAACCCAACUAGGGCAUUACCUAGUCUUCAACCCAACUAGGGCAUUACCCAGUCUUCAACCUAACUAGGGCAUUACCCAGUCUUCAACCCAACUAGGGCAUUACCUAGUCUUCAACCCAACUAGGGCAUUACCAAGGCUUCAAUCCAACUAGGGCAUUACCCAGGCUUCAACCCAACUAGGGCAUUACCUAGUCUUCAACCCGACUAGGGCAUUACCUAGUCUUCAACCCAACUAGGGCAUUACCCAGGCUUCAAUCCAACUAGGGCAUUACCCAGGCUUCAAACCAACUAGGGCAUUACCCAGGCUUCAAUCCAACUAGGGCAUUACCCAGUCUUCAACCCAACUAGGGCAUUACCCAUUAUUCAACCCAACUAGGGCAUUACCCAUUCUUCAACCCAACUAGGGAAUUACCCAGUCUUCAACCCAACUAGGGCAUUACCCAGUCUUCAACCCAACUAGGGCAUUACCCAGUCUUCAACCCAACUAGGGCAUUACCCAGACUUCAACCCAACUAGGGCAUUACCCAGUCUUCAACCCAACUAGGGCAUUACCCAGGCUUCAAUCCAACUAGGGCAUUACCUAGUCUUCAACCCAACUAGGGCAUUACCUAGUCUUCAACCCAACUAGGGCAUUACCCAGUCUUCAACCCAACUAGGGCAUUACCCAGUCUUCAACCCAACUAGGGCAUUACCCAGUCUUCAACCCAACUAGGGCAUUACCCAGUCUUCAACCCAACUAGGGCAUUACCCAGUCUUCAACCCAACUAGGGCAUUACCCAGGCUUCAAUCCAACUAGGGCAUUACCUAGUCUUCAACCCAACUAGGGCAUUACCUAGUCUUCAACCCAACUAGGGCAUUACCCAGUCUUCAACCCAACUAGGGCAUUACCCAGUCUUCAACCCAAAUAGGGCAUUACCUAGUCUUCAACCCAACUAGGGCAUUACCCAGGCUUCAAUCCAACUAGGGCAUUACCCAGGCUUCAACCCAACUAGGGCAUUACCCAGUCUUCAACCCAACUAGGGCAUUACCUAGUCUUCAACCCAACUAGGGCAUUACCUAGUCUUCAACCCGACUAGGGCAUUACCUAGUCUUCAACCCAACUAGGGCAUUACCCAGGCUUCAAUCCAACUAGGGCAUUACCCAGUCUUCAACCCAACUAGGGCAUUACCCAUUGUUCAACCCAACUAGGGCAUUACCCAUUCUUCAACCCAACUAGGGCAUUACCCAGUCUUCAACCCAACUAGGGCAUUACCCAGUCUUCAACCCAACUAGGGCAUUACCCAGUCUUCAACCCAACUAGGGCAUUACCCAGGCUUCAACCCAACUAGGGCAUUACCCAGGCUUCAACCCAACUAGGGCAUUACCCAGGCUUCAAUCCAACUAGGGCAUUACCCAGGCUUCAAUCCAACUAGGGCAUUACCCAGGCUUCAAACCAACUAGGGCAUUACCCAGUCUUCAACCCAACUAGGGCAUUACCUAGUCUUCAACCCAACUAGGGCAUUACCCAGGCUUCAAUCCAACUAGGGCAUUACCCAGGCUUCAAUCCAACUAGGGCAUUACCCAGUCUUCAACCCAACUAGGGCAUUACCCAUUCUUCAACCCAACUAGGGCAUUACCCAGGCUUCAACCCAACUAGGGCAUUACCCAGUCUUCAACCCAACUAGGGCAUUACCUAGUCUUCAACCCAACUAGGGCAUUACCCAGUCUUCAACCCAACUAGGGCAUUACCCAGUCUUCAACCCAACUAGGGCAUUACCCAGUCUUCAACCCAACUAGGGCAUUACCCAGGCUUCAAUCCAACUAGGGCAUUACCUAGUCUUCAACCCAACUAGGGCAGACACAGUCUCCUAAAACAACUCUCUGUCUUCCAAUAACAUCUUCAACAGAUUCAAAGUCAAACCAUAUACUUAGAACUUUCCUCUGAGAUAAGUAUGUUGACACAUAGAUUGAAUACAUUUUAUACAAAGUAGAAAGGUAUAUACAGUACAUAUAUAAUCUAUUACAUUAUAUUGAAUGUAGGCCGUUGCAAGUUACUGAUGUGGUAGAAAACAGUUACUUUAAAAAGUUUCCACCUUUACAUAGGACAGUUUGUAAGAAAAAUAUGAUUCUGUAAACUUUUGUAAUUGCUUCACUUGAAGAUUUCUUGGUUCUGACUUGAAAAAUUUAACCUAUUGAAAAAUUUAACCUAAGUCAAGGAGGAAAAACUAGCACCAGCAUUUUAAAACUCAAAGGUUUUUAUUGGAAUAAAACUAUAUAAAAUACACAUCAUGUGAAACUGACUGUUUUUACUGUACUAUUCAUGGUUUGUAGAUAACGAACAGUCUUGCUAUUUGGAAACUGAUUGACAAAAUUACUGUACAUGAGUGAAAGGUGUGUAUAUCAAUUUGACAGACUUGAAGAAAAAUACUAAAUUCAGCAUUCCUGUCAAUGGCUGCCCUCUGGUGAUUUUGAAAUAAAGAUGUUUUUAUAUUUUGGA